UGAAAAAUAAAGGAACUCGUAUAAAUAAUGAAUUUGGUUACAGGCACAUCAGUGAACGUUCUGUUGUGUACUGAACAACACGUGUAGACGUCGAGCGAGAAUCAUGGAUUUCAAUUGCAUUGCUCGAGCUGCAAUUGUUUUCUUGUCACUAUUGUUGAACACAACGUUAGCAUCAGAAGACAUUUCGCAACAAUCACAGGCGUAUUACCUAAGACACACGUGGCCCCAAAGGGAUCUGAAAACAUCAUCAAGUUUUCCAAUAGGGUACGGGAUUGGUGGUGAAGGGUUCUUGCCCAAAGGAGGUCUUCUAGGAGUUGGUGGUCUGGGAAAUUAUGGAGGUGGAUCUCUUGGGAGCUAUGGAGGUGGACAUUACGGUGGCUAUGGGGGAUUUGGAGGAGGUCUUCAGAAGAGCCUUGCAGGUAGCGGUUUCAGCAAGGGGCAGUCGGGCGUUGGAGCCGAAAAUCAAGCAGCAGGUUAUGAAGCUGGAGCGGGCCACAAGGGACUAACUUCCGUCCAGAACGCUCAGGGAUAUUCAGGAGCUGAAGACGCUCAGAAGAAAAAUGAGCAAAGUUCUGGUUUCUUUGGUAAUGAGGCUGGAGAGAAGAAGAAAUAUGAGAAAGGGAGUGCCUAUGAAGGUGCUUCAAACUUUGGGCAGUCUGGCAAAAAGCAGGGUGAAGUGAAAAACAACCAGGACCACAAGAAGGGCCACAGCACCAAAGGUUACCAGAACUACCAUCAUAAAGACGAAUCUUCAAAAUCAACAACAUUCUUUGACGAAUCAAACGACGAAGGCGACCACUACGAUUACCAGGGACAAAAGGGGGCAUUCGGUGGUGAGGGUGCAUCAUCAUUCAAAGGAGGGUUGCAAGAUGGUAGCUUCGCCGCAGACGCCAAAGGCAAGCAAGGUCAUUACGAUUCGGGUUACGCCAGUGAAAACGAGCAUGGUGCCAAAGGAUCUCAGAGCAAUAAAGAAUACUACGGGGAUAAUGAAGAUUAUGGACAGAAGAAGGCAUUCGAUGAUUACGGAAAGAAAGCAGCUCUAGGACACCAGCAGCAAUAUGGUGGUUACCAUGGGCAGCAGCAUGGUGGGUUUAAGAAAGGUGGCAACUUUGGUAGCUACGGAGGAGGUUUGGGAGGACAUUUAGGGUAUGUGGGACAUUUCGGAUAUUAAUUGAUGAUGUUGAUAUUUAAUUUUAAAGUAGCUUUUCACAUUUACAACGUAAUUUUAAAAUGGUUACUUUUGAUAUUGAUAAACUGUGCUAUACUAAAUAAAUAUUAAUCUUACUGUCAUGUGUGGAUAAGCAUGAGUUAACAACUGUUAGCUUAGUUCAUCAGUUAAAUAAAAGUAUCAUUCAUGGGGUUCCUGAACACUUAACUAGAAAAUAUAAAUUUGUAUAUACUACACACAGCAUGUGAUAGACAUGUUUCUACAUUUCUUCAGCUUUCGAGUAUUAAACCAUAUAGUCUGUUUCGAUUUGUAAUUAAUUUCUUAAGCAUAGAACCGGUUGGUGAAACUGCUUAGACGUCGCUCGCCGCAGGCAAUUUCCCAUGUAGGACAACACGGCAUAUAACUAAUAUAAAUAUAUAACCAUACUCUCCAACGGGCGUGUUGUUCCUUACAUUAUAUGACAAACUAGGCAUAAAAGUCUAAGGUUUACAGAAAAUUCGAGAGGAUAUGUAGAAUUUUAAAAUGGUCAACUACAAAUAAAUAAGAAAACAAAUGCUGAAGGUAAUGUCUGUAAAGUAUAACGCCAAGGUUCGCAAUAAAGAAUUUUGCCUCACAA